UUAACCAACUGUACCAUAUCUCAAGUUCUCUCAACUGCUACUCGUCUCUCUCUCUCUCAUCUUCAAUAAUUAUGUGAACUCCAAGCUCUCAAAAAGGUAAGGUCCUCGAGAAAAUGGCAGAGGAUGAGCCCAAGAAGGUGGAACCCGAGCCCCCUCAGCGUCAAGAUCCCCCACCCGAACCCGCACCCGUUGAGGAGGAGAAGUCAGCCGUACCUCCACCUCUUCCUCCUCCUCCUGCUGAAGAAAAAGCAGAGGAUACCAAAGCUCUUGCUGUGGUUGAAAAGCCAAUUGAGACCCCAGUGGAGAAAAGUAAUGAAGGUUCUGUUAAUCGAGAUGCUGAGCUUGCCAGAGUUGAGACGGAGAAGAAGUUGUCUUUGAUUAGAGCAUGGGAAGAAAGUGAGAAAACAAAGGCAGAAAACAAAGCUCAGAAGAAGCUCUCCACAAUUGGAUCAUGGGAGAACAGCAAAAAAGCUUCCAUUGAGGCUGACCUCAAAAAGAUUGAGCAGGAAAAACUGGAAAAGAAGAAAGCCAAAUAUGCAGAGACAAUGAAGAACAGGAUUGCUUUGAUCCACAAGGUCGCUGAAGAAAGGAGGGCAAUUGUGGAAGCCAAGAAAGGGGAAGAUCGCCUCAAGGCAGAGGAGAUGGCUGCUAAGUAUCGCGCAACUGGACUUGUUCCGAGGAAGCUCCUCGUCUGCUUUGGAGGCUGAACUAUCCAUCCUGGGGGAAUGAAAGUCUUCCAAAAUCUCCGUGUUCCAGCUCCGUUUGUGUCCAUCUCCUUGUGGUGUGCUUAAAAGUGGAUAAAUAGCCAUUGCUCAUUGAAGUUCUUGCUGUUCAUAUUUAUAGUUCUCGAGUGAGUGUGUCGUUUUCUUCUGGAGCAUAUAAAGAAAUCUUGUAUAGCAGUUAACUAUAGCUCAUCUGAAGAUAUUUGUGGUGGUAUCAAGUUUGUAUAGGUCAUGUGACAUGUAAGAGUGUUUACCAAAGGGUAUGACUUCAAUGAAUGGUUUAAAUUAUCCAUAGCAA